AUGGACGAAGACCGCGCAAAAAGAUCCAAAAAGCGCGCGUUAGCUAAACGCGCAACGGUAGUUGACCGUAUUAAAUCUAUCUUUGAUUUGGGAGUGUCUGGUGAAUCAGAUCCGAUUGCCCGACAGAAAUUUUUAAUCGCUGUUGAUGAUCUCACGGAUCUGUGGGGAAAAUUCGUAAUCGAAAACGAUGCGGUUUUAGAGGCGUUAAUAGAGUUAGGCGAAGAAGACAAUUUUUCGAGUUCUGUCGAAGUGGAGACAAAUGAGAUACUAGUCUCGGCCAGAGCUAUGGCCAACCGUUUCUCGUCUGUUUCAAAUAAAUCCGAGUCAUCACUUGAAGCUCCCAGGUGUGCGAGGGAGUCUGAGGCAGCUGGCAGUUCAGACAGCCCAUCGAAAUCGGUCGAGGGUCAAGCUUUAGUGACUCCCGUAAUUCAGUCGUCUCAUUCAGUACGUUUACCCGAAAUUCCUUUGCCUCGCUUUGAAGGGGAAUUGGCAGACUGGCCGGUGUUUCGAGAUCGAUUUAUAGCUUUGGUGGACAGUCGGUCUAAUAUUUCGAAUAUCGAAAAAUUUUAUUAUCUAUUAAGUUGUCUACAGUGUGAGGCAUCUGACGUGGUUAAGGGUAUAACGGUAUCAAAUGAUACGUAUUCAAUCGCUUGGGCUGCUCUGGUGGAGCGUUACGAUCAACCCCGUCGUUUGGCGUCUUCCCUAAUAGAUUCUAUAUUAUCUGCUCCGGAAAUGCAGCAAGAGUCUGUUGCUUCCUUAAAUAAGUUCCUGUGCACAUUCGAUGAAAAUAUCGCUAUCCUUGAGUCGCUAGAAAUUCCAAACUUAGGUGAUUUUCUGCUAUUUUCGGUGGCCUUUCGUUCUCUUCCAGUUCUAUCACGUCGACUAUUUGAAACUACUAAUCAAGACGAAUACCCAAAGGCUCAGGAUUUAUUCAAGUUUGUCAAGAACCGGAUUCAAGUAUUGCAGUUAGCAGGAGGGUCUUCUUCCGUUACCAAUGCUAAGAGCUCGUCCUCGAAACCGCAGAAGAAGUGGUCACAGAAACCAACGGUAGCUACGUCGUUGACAAUCACCAAGUCCUCAGGUGCUCCAAUUACUAAAACUGAUGAGUGCCCGAAUUGUAAGGAGUCGCAUCAUUUGAGCAAUUGUUCGGCCUUCAAAGAUCUGACGGUGGAUGGUAGAUAUGAGGUGGUCUCAAAACAUAGACUAUGCAUGUCGUGUUUUAGCAGCUUACAUUGGUCAAAUAAAUGCAAGGAAACCUGUCCGAAAUGCAAAAGACGCCACCAUCAACUACUUCAUAGGGAUGUUCAUCAGAGUCAAAACAAGACAGUUGAACAGUCACCCGCAGUAUUAUUUGGAUCACGCUCAACUCCGUCGGUAUUGCUAGGUACAGCAGUGGUAUUUAUCAAAGACUCUGGAGGGGAAAUCCAACCAGUCAGGGCAAUUAUUGAUUCGGGAUCGCAGAUCAGCGUAAUUACGGCAAAAUGUUCAGAUCGGUUGGGUCUUAGGCGGUCGAGAUGGACUGCUUCAGUGACAGGGCUCUCUGGUCAGAGUGUUCCGGAUGUAUUAGGUACAGUAGAUCUAACUGUUCGUCCGCGUCAUGACACAGCUCCGGUCAUAACAAUGAAAGCGUGGGUGCUACCCGCCAUCACUGCGGAUAUGCCGAACCGUCGAUUAAUUGCCGGAAUCAGGGAAAGCUGUUCCCAUUUGAAACUCGCAGAUCCCCAUUUUGAUACACCAGCUCCGGUUGAACUUCUGUUGGGGGCAGACGUAUUUCCACAGGUGUGGAUUGGUGAACAGCGGCAAUUAGGUCACGGACUCCCAUCCGCAUACAGCUCAGUAUUUGGAUGGGUGUUAAUUGGUCCGGUUUUCCAGGAGAGAAACUUGAAUGCGUGUUGUAUGUUUACAACCCUUUCAGUUUCUAUGGAAUCGUUGAUGGAGCGGUUCUGGAAAGUGGAAGAGCCAGAUGAAGCUCCGCUACAAUUUACUGACGAGGGAUAUUGUGAGGACAGAUUUGCCGCCAAGUCUACUAUCGAUACAGAGGGUCGAUACAGCGUGCCAUUGCCGUUCAGACGAGAUCAGCUGGAUCCCACGUUCGACGGUAUGCAUAAAAUUGCGGUCCAACGCUUCGAAUAUCUGGAACGAAGAUUAAACCAGAAUAAGGACUUGGGUGUUGCCUAUCGUAAUUUUAUGAAGGAAUACGAGGCGUUGGGUCACAUGUCUGUUGCGAAGAACCCGGGUCGGUAUAUUAUUCCGCACCACGCUGUAUGGAAACAGGAAAGCGGGAAGUCAAAAUUACGUGUGGUUUUCGACGCGUCGGCUCGUAGUGCAUCAGGCAAAUCGUUAAAUGAUACCUUGUAUGUAGGUCCAAAACUUCAGCGGGAUAUAGUGGAUGUAUUGCUCGGUUUUCGGUUAUAUCGCUUCGCUUUCUCAACCGAUAUCUGUAAGAUGUACAGACAAAUUAAGGUGAAUGCUGAUGAUCGUGGAUAUCAACACAUCUUGUGGAGAGCUACUCCAGUAGAUGCGCUGAAAGAAUUCGAGCUUAAUACUGUUACGUAUGGUGUUAACAGCGCUCCUUUCUUGGCCUUAAGAGUAUUACAUGAUAUUGCUGAUCGUUGUGGUACACAGUUUCCUUCAGUUCAGAAGGCUCUCCGGCUCCAAACUUAUAUGGACGAUAUCUGCACUGGUGCCGCUACGUUAGAUGAAGCUGGUGAAUUAAGGCAUAAUCUUGUCAAGACUUUGGAAAACCAUGGGUUUGAAUUAAAGAAAUGGUCUUCUAGCACUCCAGAGCUACUUGAAGGGAUUCCAGGAGAGGAUUGUGCUUCAGGAACGUUGUCUUUCGACGAUGAAGGUACUAUUAUUCGGGUUUUAGGUCUAAAUUGGAAUUCAGAAGAAGACUCAUUAGGUUAUGACUUUAGCUCAAUAAAAUUUGUCCACACCAAACGUGGGGUUCUGUCAGUUAUUGCUAGGAUUUAUGACCCGUUAGGUUUUUUGGCGCCGGUCUUGUUAUUCGCGAAACACAUAAUGCAAUUAAUAUGGCUAUCCGGAAUAGCUUGGGAUGACAGACUACCGCUCGAGAUUGAGGAAUUGUGGUCACAGCUCGUGUCCGACUUACCCUCCCUAUCCCUAAUUCGCAUCCCUCGAUUUGUAGGAAUCCAGUUGGGAUCCGUCUACAAUCUUUGUGGGUUCUGCGAUGCGUCGGUACGUGGAUACGCCGCUCUUAUUUAUUUGCGUAUUGUUUCUCCAGACGGUCAGGUAAAAAUUCGAUUCUUAGGAUCCAAAACCAAGUUAGCGCCACUUCACGACAUGACAGUUCCCAGGUUAGAACUGUGUGGAGCAGGUCUUCUGGCACGGUGGAUGGCUCGAGUUUGGGAAACAUUAACAGCUCAGUUAAUGAUUUCGAAAGUCUAUGCUUGGACAGAUUCUUCUAUCGUUUUAUCGUGGCUUACUACUCCUCAAGUGUCUUACAAAAUUUUCGUAUCUAAUCGAAUUAACAAAAUUAACCAGUUGUUACCAGAUUGCAAAUGGUUGCACGUGCCGUCUGAAGAUAACCCGGCAGAUUGCGCGUCCCGUGGGCUGAAACCAUCGGAACUCAGAAAUCACAAUCUAUACUGGAAUGGUCCUAGGUUCCUUUAUAACAGUGUUGAAAGUUGGCCAUUUGAUUUGCCUCGGGUUCCCAUCGAACAACUUCCGGAAAUAAAAGUAAAUUCGUUUUUGAUCAGCUCUGAUCAAAAUCAUGAAUGGUUUGACCGAUUUUCAUCAUAUCAGCAUAUGCUCCGUGUUAUUGUAUGGGUACGACGGUUUGUGUCGUUAUGUAAGAAAAGGCUUACGCCAUUAGGACCAAUAUCAUUCGUUGAGCUCAACGAAGCAUUAAUGAACAUAGUUCGGUGUUCUCAGUCCGUCUACCUCCAUUCACUACGAAAAGAAUUGUCACAAAAAUCUAGGAUUUCAUGUAAGCAGCUGGCUCGGUUAUCUCCAUUUCUGGACUCUGAAGGCAUUAUUCGAGUAGGGGGUAGAUUAAACAAUUCACAAAUUCCAGCCCGCCAGAAACAUCCAAUUUUGUUAGCAAAAAUGUCGUAUUUGUCGAGAUUGAUUGUACGGCAUUGGCAUGUUUUCUCGUGCCACUCUGGCAAUCGGCUAGUGAUGUAUCUCAUUUCGAAACAGUUUUGGAUAUUGUCUGCCAGACGAGUGAUCGGUUCAGAAAUUGAAAACUGUAUAAUAUGUGUCCGGUUAUCGGCAGUAAAUCCACAACCAAUCAUGGCUGACUUACCAGCGUCACGGGUGUUACAGUGUCGUCCCUUUUCAAAGGUAGGCAUUGAUUUCGCUGGCCCUCUCCUGAUGAAAGAGCUCAAGCUUAGGAAGGCCAGAGAGUAUAAAGUUUAUAUUUCCGUGUUUGUCUGCAUGACGGUGAAAGCGGUUCACCUUGAAAUAGUCUCUGAUCUGUCUACACCCGCCUUUUUAGCUGCGCUGGAUCGAUUCGUGGCGCGUCGCGGUCUACCGUCCGACAUCUAUUCUGACUGCGGCACAAAUUUUGUAGGUGCGUCAAAACAGCUCUGUAAGUUCUUCUCUGAUGCAAAGGUUCAGGAUCACCUAAGCUCACACUUCCCGUGCAGUUGGCAUUUUAACCCCCCCAGUGCUCCACACUUCGGGGGUCUUUGGGAAGCGGCGGUAAGAUCCAUGAAAAGGUUGUUGGUCCGUGUGGUAGGUGCCCACAUCUUAACCUACGAGGAACUUACGACAGUGGUUUGUCGAAUCGAAUCGGUCCUAAAUUCGAGACCAUUAACACCACUAUCUUCAGAUCCCGGAGAUUUAGAAAGUUUGACACCAGGUCAUUUCCUCAUAGGACAACCGCUGCUGAGUGUUCCCGAAUCAGACGUGUUAGAAGCUCCCAGUCAUUUAACUUCCAGGUGGAAGCUCCUCCACCAGUGUUACCAGGCGUUCUGGAAGAGGUGGUCCUCUGAAUACCUCAAUAGUCUACAGCUUCGUUCAAAAUGGACCUCCGCCGAUACUCAGCUCAGAGUCGGGGAUUUAGUGUUAAUAAAGGAUUCAUCUACUCCAUUAAGUUGGCGCCUAGGUAGGGUCGUAGAGUUACUGCCCGGACAAGACAAUGUAGUUCGCGUUGUUAAGCUCCUGACCGGACAGGGUCCGUUGGUUAGACCUGUGGUUAAGCUGGUUCGCUUACCCACAGAAUAG